UGAACAAGAACUUUGGGCGGUCGGACGGACGGAGAGGAUGUAGUUGAAUGUUUUUAUAGCUCAACAUUGACAAAAAUGCUCAUUUGAAGCCGAAUUGAUUCUUGUAUAGCUGAAUGAUAGGCUUUGGUGGCGUGCAUAUGUGGAAAAAACGUUUGAGACACUGACAGCAUUGCAUAGACAGCCAGCGGGGAAGAAUGGCUGGAAGUGUUGUGUUAACGUUGGCUGUUAACUAGCUAGCGUUAGCACUAGCCAACCGACUAGCUAGCGUUAGCACUAGCCAACUGACUAGCUAGCGUUAGCACUAGCCAACUGACUAGCUAGCGUUAGCACUAGCCAACUGACCAGCUAAACCGUCACAUUCACUGCGCAUGAACUCAUUGCGUUGGGAUUUAUUAGGACUGGAAAUAUAGCUUGCUAGCCGCUUACAUUAUUACAGUUGUCUUACAAUAUUUAAUGCGUGGAAACACUUGAGCAUCACUGGUGCUUUUGUUGUGGAUACAGGAAGAACUUUCCAAUCCACACGACCAUCGCGUCAAACCCGUAGUUCACGAACAUGAUCAAAUUCAUAUGCCGUAUCAAUGCAUGAAAUCAAGAUGAACAGGAAGAAGGACAAGGGAUUUGAGAGCCCGCGGCCUUUUAAAUUGACUCACCAGGUUGUCUGCAUCAACAACAUCAACUUCCAAAGAAAGUCUGUGAUUGGCUUUGUGGAGCUGACCAUCUUCCCAACUGUGGUCAACCUGAACCGGAUCAAACUCAACAGCAAGCAGUGCAGGAUCUACAGGGUUAGAGUCAACGACCUAGAAGCACCAUUCAUUUACAAUGACCCUACUCUAGAGGUCUGCCACCACGAGUCCAAGCAGAGGAACCUGAACUAUUUCUCCAGUGCCUACACAGCAGCAGUCAGUGCUGUGGACCCUGAUGCAGGACACGGCGAGCUGGUCAUCAAAGUCCCCUCGGAGCUGUGGAAGCAAGGAGACGAGAUGAAUGUGCUGAAGGUGUACAUAGAGUUCUCUCUGGACCAGCCUAAAGGAGGCCUUCACUUUGUGGUGCCUGACGUAGAGGGGAGCAUGGCUGAGAGAGGAGCACACGUCUUCUCCUUCGGAUACCAGAACUCCACAAGGUUCUGGUUCCCCUGUGUGGACUCGUACUCUGAGCUGUGCACCUGGAAGCUGGAGUUCACAGUGGAUGCCUCUAUGGUGGCUGUGUCCUGUGGGGACUUGGUAGAGACUGUCUACACCCAUGACAUGAGGAAGAAGACCUUCCACUACGUCCUCCCCAUCCCCACCGCCGCCUCCAACAUCUCACUGUCUGUCGGGCCCUUUGAGAUCCUGGUUGACCCCUACAUGCAUGAGGUGACCCACUUCUGUUUGCCCCAGCUCCUGCCCCUGUUGAAACACUCCAUGUCCUACCUGCAUGAGAUCUUUGAGUUCUACGAGGAGAUCCUGACCUGUCGAUAUCCUUACUCCUGCUUCAAGACUGUGUUUGUGGACGAGGCCUACGUCCAGGUGUCUUCCUACGCGUCGAUGAGCAUCUUCAGUACUAAUCUGCUCCACAGUGCCAUGAUCAUAGACCAGACCCCCCUGACCAGACAGUGUUUAGCUCAGGCCCUGGCCCAGCAGUUCUUUGGCUGCUUCAUCUCCAGGAUGUCCUGGGCUGAUGAGUGGGUGCUGAAGGGGAUCUCUGGCUACAUCUAUGGUCUGUACCUGAAGAAGACCUUUGGAGUGAACCAGUACCGCCACUGGAUCAAAGAGGAACUGGACAAGAUGGUGGAGUAUGAGCUGAAGAUGGGAGGAGUUCUCUUACACCCGACCUUCGGUGGAGGCAAAGACAAGGACAACCCUACCCCUCACCUCCACUUCUCCAUCAAGCACCCUCACACCCUGUCCUGGAAGUACUACAAGAUGUUCCAGUGUAAAGCCCACCUGGUAAUGAGGCUCAUUGAGAACAGGAUCAGCAUGGAGUUCAUGCUGCAGGUGUUCAACAAGUUACUAAGCCUGGCCAGUACAGCGUCCUCACAGAAGUACCAGUCACAUAUGUGGAGUCAGAUGCUGGUAUCCACCCACAGCUUCCUCAAGUCCAUCUCCAACGUGUCGGGGAAGGACAUAGGACCCCUCAUCAAGCAGUGGGUAGACCAGAGUGCGGUGGUGAAGUUCUUUGGCAGUUUUGCCUUCAACAGGAAACGGAACGUUCUAGAACUGGAGAUCCGACAGGACUACACCUCCUCUGGAACACAGAAAUAUGUGGGACCCAUCAAGGUGACAGUACAGGAGCUGGAUGGAUCCUUCAACCACACGCUACAGAUCGAAGAGAACAGCCUGAAGCACGACAUCCCCUGCCACUCCAAGAGCAGACGAAACAAGAAGAAGAAGAUCCCUUUGAUGAACGGGGAGGAGGUUGACAUGGACCUGUCUGCUAUGGAUGCGGAUUCUCCUUUGCUGUGGAUCCGGAUCGAUCCAGACAUGUCUAUCCUGCGUAAGGUGGAGUUUGAGCAGGCAGACUUCAUGUGGCAGUACCAGCUCAGGUACGAACGGGACGUAGUGGCCCAGGAGGAGUCUAUUUUAGCACUGGAGAAGUUCCCCACGCCGGCCUCCCGUCUGGCCCUCACUGACAUCCUAGAACAGGACCAGUGUUUCUACAAGGUCCGCCGGGCCUGCUUCUGCCUCGCCAAGAUAGCCAACUCCAUGAUGAGCACCUGGACCGGUCCUCCAGCCAUGAAGUCUCUGUUCACCAGGAUGUUCUGCUGUAAGAGCUGUCCAAACAUCGUCAAGACCAACACCUUCAUCAGCUUCCAGAGCUACUUCCUACAGAAGACCAUGCCUGUAGCCAUGGCUCAGCUCAGAGACAUCCAGAACCUCUGUCCCAAAGACGUCCUCAACUUCAUCCUGGACCUCAUCAAGUACAACGACAACAGGAAGAACAAGUUCUCUGACAACUACUACCGUGCCGAGCUGAUUGAUGCCCUCACCAACUCCCUGACCCCGGCCAUCAGCAUCAGUAACGAGGUGCGCACCGUGGACAACCUCAACGGAGACGUACGCCUCAUCCUGGAGGAGAUCACACGGUCUCUUAACAUGGAGAAACUACUGCCCAGCUACCGCAACACCAUCACUGUCAGUUGUCUCAGAGCUAUCCGGAUGCUUCAGAAGAAUGGUCAUAUUCCCAGUGACCCCUCUCUGUUUAAAUCCUAUGCAGAAUAUGGACACUUUGUGGAUGUGCGUGUCGCAGCACUGGAAGCUGUGGUGGACUACACAAGAGGUAUACAUCAAACUAGUAGUAGUGAAGUUGGUAGGACACACCCUAUUCCCUAUGUAGUGCACUACAUUUAGCCAGAUCAACAUAGG